AUGGGAUAAGGUGUUUCAUCUAUAAAUAUAACAUAGAUUUAAUCAUAUUUAAAUAAUUUGAAGAAUCAAAAAGAGAUAUAAUUAAAUAAAACUUGGUAAGGAUUUGGAUUAUUGAUUUCAGCUAUGUUAGUUUCUAAAUUAGGACCAUCUGAUAAGAGUACAAUUAAAUUUGAAUCUGAUGGAAUCAAUAUGGGUUCAAAAGUAUCUUUUUAUAUUAGGAAUUUAUAAACAAAAUUUAAUAGUGUUAAAUAACCUACAAUUAGAUAAAAUACAUAAAGAUUUUAAAGUUCUGUUCAUUUAACUUCAUCACUUAAUAAUUUAAAUGGUACAAUAAUAUAAACAACAGAUUAAGGAAUAAAAAAUAUUUCAAAAUAAUAAAAAACUAAACUUUGUUCAUAGAGAUCAAAUGAUAAUUCAAUGUUUAGUGAAAGUGUUGUAUAUGAUUCAUUAGAUUAAAAAUUUGGUUUAUUAUAUCCUGUUUAACCAUCUUUAAUUACUGAUAUAAUUAAUAGUCCACCAUAAAAAGUAAUUGAAAGAAGACAUUUUAGUAAAAAUGAAAAUUCAUCAUAAAGAUCUAAUAAUUCAAAAAUACUUAGCAUUUAAUUUAUAAAAUAAGCAGAAGAAUAAGAAGAUGAAGAAUUACUUUAAACAUAUAAGAGAAGAAAAAAAUGUUAAUGUUAAAGAAUUAUGUCUGUUGAUGAUGAAAUAUUCAAUUAAAAAUCAAUAUAAAUGUUAUUAUGUAAAUUAGGAUUUGAAGUAAUUUUGGUAAAAAAUUUUAUUUUUUAUCUUAGGCUUUUAAUGGACAAUAAGCAUGUGUUGAUAUUUUAAAUAUUAAAAAAUGUAGUAAAAAAUGUACAUUAUUAACACUCAUCUUAAUGGAUUAUUAGAUGCCUAUUCUUAAUGGAUGUCAAGCUACAGAGAAAUUAAUUAAGAUGAUGAAUGAAAAUAUUAUACCUAAAAUUCAUAUUGUUGGUUUAACUGCAUUUACUAAUUCAAAUGAUAUUGAAAAUUGUUUAAAAGCAGGAAUGAGCGAUGUGUUACAUAAACCACUUAAUCUAAAGGAAUUUAAAGAAAUUCUCACUUUAAUUUGA